AUGUCGGCCACUAUCCACACGCCGUGGAUAGCUAGCUACAUUGUUGGAAUUGCUGAAUCGUACGGAGGAGACCUGUCUUCUGUUCCUGCGCGCUCAAAGGGAGCCAAAGCCCAGCUCAUUAAAUUUCUGACGUAUCCACGAGAUGACCAUGACGCUCAAAUAUGGGCGAUGCUGUCUGACAAACUGUACACCGUACCCGUGCGGUUCAGUGUUGAGGCGAUCAAGUCAUUCAAUGAGGACCCAAUCUUCAAGGGAAAAUCAGUCACACAGCAUAAAACGGCCUUGAUAACGCUCAAGAACUUUCGUCCUUUCUUUGCACGUUUACCAAAGGGAGGCGACCGAGGCAUGUCUUCUACACAGCACCUGGCUCUGGAUGUCGGGUCCUUCAAGUUAUUAGGUUCAUACGACGAGGCCGUCUGGGGAGAUCCAAAGGAUAUCGAGAGUCACCAGGACAUUCAAGAGUGGGUCAAAGGUCUGCGAGAAGACGGAGGCGGUGGUAACGUGCUGAAAUUAAAGAAACUGGUACAAGAACCCGAGCGAAAUCAGGCAGGAGCGGCCCCUGCCAGUACUCUGCCUCUAGCCGUUAGGUCUGAUGUAUCGCCUAUGAAGGAGAGCUCGCGUAAAGUCAGGGUGGCCGCGAGGAAGUCUGCCUAUAAGAAACCUCCUGCGAAACCUGCAGCUGUCCCUAAGCCCGCUGAACCUGAGGUUGAUGCCAUUAAAGCCUGGAAAGCACGCUGGCGUUCUUUCGUAUUCAAGAGGCCGAAGAUUCGUCCUCCACAGGAGUUCUUCGAUGCAUUCCGGAACACGAAGGACAACAGUGGUGGCAACGAAGCCAGCAACCCGGCUGGCCAAAUCGAAACCACAGUGACUCAGCCAGUAGAUUGCCCUCCGGCGCCCUUGGACCUGGCUCACUCCCCUGCGCCGUUGCCAAAAAGGCCUAGGCGUGAUCCGCUCGAUUUAUCUAGCAUUCCUGGAACACCUGAGCGGACGAGUCCUAGUACGCAUGAGCGGGAAGAACCCGUACCCGCGACGCCGUCGCAUUGGUCGCCUUCUAUCAGGGGGACUCCCAGCCGUAUAGAGUUGGCGGAUCCCGACGCGUUGAUGCAGGAUCCCGACGAAGGACGGAGCCGAUCCCUUGUAAAUCAGCCAAACUUGCAGCAGAAGCCACGAGCCUCUCUUCGAUUUCCCUCGCCCCCUGAACGUGCGGCAGCCCGCGCGCAACAGCCUGCUGUGGCUCAACAUCAUAGUGUUUUAGAACCGCCUGCUUCUGCUCCUCCCGCUCAGAGGCGUGGGUCUAUCCUUUUAUCUUCUCCGGCGCAAGAGGUAUCCCUUGGACACGUUCCCUCCAGCUCCGCACCAGUAGCCCCAUUCUCCUCUGCUAUCCGCUCAGAACGAGGACCAGUCUGUCCACCCAUGACGCGUCGGAGAGUACCUCUCCCUAUCCUUGGACAUCUCUCCCCAGACUUUGAUGCGUCUGGGCCCGGGCGUAUCCUUGUCCCGAACUCCGACACAUCUGCCUCGCUUUCUCAGUCUCAAGCUCAGUCCCAGCGCUCGCCUUCACAAAGAGACAGCCAAUCUCAGCGGUACUCCCUACAGUCGCUAUCGUACGCUUCUCAGUCUCAGGAACACGGCCAGUCCCAGCCACGAUCCCAAGGGCUAUCACAGCUCCGGAACGAGACGCAUCUUUCCCCAUCAGGGCCAACGGGGAAGGUAUCUCUACCCGCUAACGCGGAAGCUCCAGACGUUCCUGCCAGCCAACCAAUCGCAUGUGUCGAAAAUCCUAUUGUGCCUUCUGCGUCAGGAGCUGUGAACACUAAUGACUGCGAGGACAGUCGGCCUGGCGGUGAAGUAGCCAGCAGUUCUCAGCCUGUGCUUGGUGUUGACGUCCCAUCUACUCCCGCACCCAAGGCCCAAAGUGGCAGUGAAAGCGAGAUAGAGGGUGAAGACGCUGACGACGAAGACGAACUGGGCCAAGUAGGCCACGAUGAUCUAUCCUCGAAUGCGGAUCGGUCGCGGGCUGCCAACCGUGGUUCAGAUACGGACGUGGAGUUGGAUUCUGAUGAUGCAAGGACCAAGGAACUGGUUGACAAAUAUGGUGCCCAUCGACAACAGGAGAGCUCAAAGGACACCGUCGACAUUCUUCAUCUGGCGCCAUUGAGUGCUCGCACGGGGACACUGCAAAGGCUUGUUAGUAUCAGCUCGCGUCGCUCGGAUCAAAUGCGUAAACGUAUCUCUCAGGCUUCAAUAUUGUCUGGGCGCAGCCUCAGCUCAGAUGGUCCGUUGCCGCCAUCUAGUCCUGACGUGUUUAUGAACGAGAAGUCUUUCCGUGCUACCCAAUCUGCGUCUCAUACAUCAUCCUCGCCGCCACCGCGAUCGCCAGUCCGCCGAUCGUUCGACACUCGCACAUCACAUGUGCAGUCGAAAAUUCAGUCAGAAUACAUUGUGUCGUCCCGCGAACAUGCGAUUCCGACCCUGGCAGUCAUUCAACCGUCGAACUCCCUGCCCUUGCAUGAUCCUGAAGGCUGGCGUAAGCCGUCCUUUAUGCGCCAAAAGGCUGAACCCGAGAAGAAAUCUGAAGACAAAACAAACAAUGUGCUCGCGUCUGCCUCUGCGGCGCCUCUCCACCGCCCCAAACGCGCCAUUUCUCUGUCCUCUUCCCCGGAAGCCAUGGAUCCCCCGCCGAAAAAACGGAAGACCUCAGCACGGACGGCGCAUCCCGCCGAAGCCGUGAAUGGUGCACAAUCAUUGACCAAUAAUACUAAGCAAUCCGCAACCAAUGAGCAGACUCGUACCAACCGUGUUGUGGCUGAGGUCCCGAAUCCUAGGCCGACAAUUCCUAGGAUUGACAAACGCUCAGGCGCAUCCACCUCAGUUGCACCUUCCAUUGCGGGAAAGAAACGGAAGGCUGAUGAUGACGAGAUGUUGAGGUCUAGAUGGGAGGCUAGAGGUGCAUCUCGACAGCCGCCAAAGGCCAAGCCGACAGCCGUGAGCUUCUAUCCCUUGCUGGCAUUGUCAAACAAGAAAGGAAACACCGGUACCAGCUCGCAAGAAGGCAGCAACCGGGCGCGUACGCUCGGGUCUUUAGCAACAUUGUUACCGCACCAUGCUCAACUUCUACAGACUGGCCAAAUGGACGAGCGGUCAAGUACUAGUCGGCCAAGCGGGGCCAACAACCGGUCAAUGAACGAGAAAGACAGCCACCAGCCACUUCGAAGCAUUGAGCAAAUUACAAGACCUGAACACGGCUUGAAUCUGAAAGCAGCUCAUCGGCAAGAACAUGCAGGAUAUGGCGAUCGGGAGGUUCCCCCAGGCGGUAUUUUGAACAUGAGACCCGGACAUCCCUCAAACCUCCUGGGGGCGUACAAGAUCGACUUCAAGAUGAAGAGGCAGGAAGAUGGGCCACCUAUGAUCAUUUGGAAAGACCUCGAAGAAGCUCUACGGAAGACAGGGCGAAGAAGGCACAAGGACCGUCAGAAGGCGGAGCUGAGAAUAGAGCCCCCUUCGCGGCAGAAGUAG